AUGGGUCUCCUUGAACUGCCCCUCGAGAUAUUCCGUGCGAUUCUCGAAGAAGUUGUUCGAGCCCUUGACUAUCGUGGAUUGAUCGAGCUCCAACGCGUCAAUAAGUUUCUUUCCCGGGAGGUUAUCGUCGCCGUAUGCUCCACGGACCAUGUUCCGGGAACUGAAUACAUGCCCUUUGCUGCUUACUACCUCCAAGUAAAGGCGCUUGCUCAAGAUCCAGGAGAUGGAAACUAUUUCACCCGCACUAUACGACAUGUUACUGACCGAAUAAUGGAAUAUAUCAAUCUCGAUCUCAACCCGGCCGAAGGAAAUGAUAACGAGAAGCAACGGAAGGAGCAGAGACAGCGGCAGCAGGAAGAUAUCUCCCUAACCCUCGCGCGUGCAGCAGUUAUACGUAACGCCUAUGAGCUCUCCCCAGGCUCCGAGGUAAAGCUUUUCAUGAAGGAUUCGAGCGACCAAGCCAUCGACGCGCCAGAACAUCUUCUCUCAGCAGCUGCAAUCCUGGGGAACCUUUCACUUGUCAAACAUCUUGUUGAAAAGGAAUGCAUCAACGCGGAGAGUGGGAGUGAUGUGUUUGGAGACACUUUGGCGAAUGCCGGACGCAGGGGCUAUGUGGAGAUUGCCCAGUUCCUUCUUAGCAAGGAUGACGAAGAGACUGCUUACGUUGGUGAGAAGAAAGCCUUGGCUCACCAGCAGAACUUCGUGGUUAUUAUAGACAGUCCGAUCGCUCAUACUGCUCUGAGUACACAAGUGGGUGUCUGGAACUAUGCAUUAUUCGCAGCUGCGCAUUACGGAAGGACUCAAGUGAUACCAUUCAUUCUGGAGAAAGGAGCGAAUAUUGACUGUUAUGAAUGGAGAGAGAAAAUCAGCCCAUUGGGAUACGCCGCACUUCGAGGACAUGAUGAUACGAUUGAAUUACUAUUGGAAAAAGGUGCGGGUAUAGAUGGAGGUCCUAAUGCGAAACACGGAGAGCCUGGUUUCGAAAAGGCUCCGCUUUUACUGGCAGCUCUCGAGCACGGCUUCUCGCACACUGUGGCCUUGCUGCUGGACAAGGGAGUAUCUGUGCGUCCUCAAGCUCAUCUUCUGGAAAAUGCAACGGCUUAGUCUUCAAUCUGCGUCGUCAGAGUCUUGUUGGAGAAUGGUGUCCAUAUGAACCAUGGAGACAGAAAAAAGGCCCUCAAGACUGUGAUGGAUAAAGGACGACAGGAAAUGGUUGAUCUUUUCAGAGCGUAUGGGAUUAACUUGGACGGCAAAUAGGCACGACUCGAAGAAGGCGUCGUAGUUUGGCAGGAGAAGAGUGUUAACAGAAAGUCUCUACAGUCUCUCCGAUAGCUCUGAUAGCUCUUAGAUUCUUAAUUGAUGCUCGGUAGCUGGAAG